AUGUCUUAUUUCUCCAGACAUGGGUCUGGAGGAGCUGCUUCGGCAUACCCUACUCUUCCUCCUACUCCAGAGGAACCCGAAGAGGAUAUUUUGACAGACCACGAGAACGAGGAAACCGGGCUUUGUCACCAUCAGCCCUAUGCGAAGAAUGCCGUCGAGGCGCCUGAUCAGUAUCGUCAUGCCACUGUUGAAAGCCACGCGCAGUCAAGCGACGACUUGCAGAACGAGGUGGUUACUACUUCGACCAAAUGCUCUAACGCCAACGAGGCCGACACUGUCCUCCCUUUACGCCCUCGGUCCCGUUCCUCAACUAUUUCCACUGAGCCUUUUCCUGACUUGGAUGCCUCCAUGUCCGAGCUUCCCUCUCUUGCCUACAGGGCGCAGGAAGAGGCUUACAAGCAUGCAAUGGGCAAAGUAGCAGAAGAAAUUUUGCGGAUGAAUGAAAUCAGGGACCACAUCAUUGCAAUCCGUGGCCCAGCCUCUUCUGUUGAAGACGAAGAGUUGGCUCGCAGCAGGUCAUCAAUGAUCGUCUUAGAAGGCGUCCGUCCCUGUCCUGAAGUGUCUCAUCAUGAUCACUUCUGCGUUCAGCAGGAGGCCCACAAGCGUGCGAUGCAUGAGCGAGUUGAUCAAUUCCUCAAGGGACGGGAAGAUGUCCCCAAACACUUUGGCAAAAGGUUCAGUGCUGUUACAAGCAUGAUCGUUCAUAUGGAAUUUAUCUUGUUCCGCAGCAAGAAUUUUCCUAGAGACCCUCUCAAUCAGGCCAGCGAAAACGAUCUGAAGACCGUUUUCCACUACACGACGAAAAUAAUCGAGUACUUUUCUGCCGUUGGCGGGCUCAUCUUCCGCGAAAGGAAUAAUGCAGAGCGUGCUCGUGUCCUUAUUUCCCAGGUGGCCGCAAAAACUGGAGUCACUCUGCUGGACCGAUUCAAGGAAAUGGCCGCGAUAAUCAUCCAGUACCUCAAACGCGCGCGCCGCAGUGAACAGAACUUCUUCGAAAUUUUUCAGCAAUUUUUCGAGGUGUGGCUAUACGACGACUUUCAUGUCAUGUACAACAACUACCUCGUUGAGCAUAUGCCCAACAUUCCUCCGAACUUCCAGCGGUUGUCGUAUCUGCUGAAUGCGACUUAUAACAUGCUUGGGCAGAUGAUCCGAGACUAUGAGGCGCUUGGCAAGAUAAACCGUGAUAUUGGUGACCGUUUCAUUCGUCCUGUCGUGGACCAGAUGGCGCGAGGCGAUAAUCUCUAUGGCAAUCCCAUCAACGAGCCUGCUUACCCUGCGUGUGAGCAUGAGAACAAAUACCUCCUCGCCCUUUCUCGCUCCGCUGCCGAGCGUCAUCAGUCCGAAGUUCACAGAGAGCUUGCUUUUAUUCUUGGGCAUGCCCAAACCGAGACUGGAGCGAAACACCACGUUAACCAGGCCAGGAGCCCUACCGUGUUGUCAGCUUGUUUUGGGAUCAGCAACGACGAAGCUCCUCAAGAUCACGCUCAUGGCCUUGGCAAUAGGACCUCCCAGGAAUGUCGUGCCGCUCAUGAGGCGUUGCAUUACCCUUUCCAUUCCAGAGUCGAACCUCAUGGCCGCCGGAUUUCUGACCGUCUCGGACCAUCCGAUGUUCCCCUUGUUUAUAGGUCCUCCCCUUUUAUCGUGAGACACCACAGCAAUACCCUUGAACAAGGGACCCUUUCUCGCCCAUACCCCAUGCCAGACGGAUAUCGUCACGACAACUCCCAGCUGCCAGAACAAUCCAUUUUGCAGUCUUCCUACACGUCGGCCCAAAUGUUCUCCUCACAGUCUUCUCACGCCUUGGCUGCAGGAAGCUCGCGUUCCGACAGUCUCCCUGUCGAGCAUGGUAAGGAUGAUACUUGCGGCGUCUCGGACACCGACUAUGCACCGCCCGAAGCCAUGACCAGCCUUAAGUUCAACCGCUGCUGGGAAGAGACCCAUCGGCCUAACAGUAAAGCCUCUCUAUCUUCCUAUGCUGGGCACCCCCAGACUGGCGAUGCUGAAAACAACGGUGGCCACAUCACCCGCCACGGAACCCUGAACGAGCAUCUUCGCGGCCACACCUCCACUGAACAGUCUGAAGCUACUUCAUCCCAUAGCGCGCAGUCUUCUCGCACUCAGUCCUAUGACGAGUCAAAGCCACAGUGCCAGCAAGAUGACUGCCCUGACGAAGAUAUUCUUGACCUUAACGCCGCGGAAGAAGAAGAGGACGAGGAGGCCUGGCUCCGCCACGAUUACAUUGACUACAGGCACCGCUGUACUAACACCUUCGCAGCUCGCCUUGAGGCGCUAGCCCAUAUACGUCGUCAGAACUCUAUCGAGAACGGCGAGUACGAAGAUCCCUCAAAUAAUGUCCCCUCCUUCGCGGCCUCCCGUCCUCGUCCCUCUGGCUAUUCUAUCUCUCGUUCUAUGUUGCAAUUCCAGUACCCCGCUUAUGAGGACGCCUCUGAUCAGGACCAAGCUCUGGAGCGUCGUGUUGUCGCACGUGACGACAAUAACUCGCCUAUUCUCCCUCCCAUGCCUGAACAUCCUCGCUUUGCCGUCUCUUUGGACUCAGACGAGGAUCAUCCCGUGCCUGUUGGUAUAGUCCGCCCUCAGCCUCGUCCCGCCGCCAUGCCGAUCGCUUUGCCAUGCCCGGUUACUCGUCGUGGGCUUUCUUCAGAUUGUGAGCGUGAGCGUGAGGUUUUUAUCUAUGAGGCGCCUCGUCAAAACCCUAAGUUGUGA